AUAGCACAAUAGUUCUUGGGUGGGUCCGAAUGUCACCCCACACCCUUAAAACCUUUGUUCAAAACAGAGUGUCGGAGAUAAACGAGUUAACCGGGAGCGCGCAGUGGUUGCAUGUAAGUAGCAAGAAUAACGCAGCUGAUUUAGUUAGCCGCGGCCUUGAACUUGACGCGCUUAUCAAUAAUUCGUUCUGGUUCAAUGGACCGCCCUUCUUGCAUGAACCAGAAUCUGACUGGUUACCUAGUACUUUAUCGCGCACUUCCGAAAUAAUACCGGCCGAUUUACCUGAAAUAAAAACAAACACAAUUAGUAUGACAAGCCAAAUUAACACCGAUGUAUUCGAAUUCGACAGGUUUUCGUCUUUUAACCGCUUACGGCGCGCGGGUGCUUAUGUUUUACGAUUCAUAAACAACACACGCAUUAAAAACAAGACAAAUCGUAAAACUGGCCCGCUGACUGUUGACGAAUUGAAUGCAUCGAUGCAACAUCUGGCGCGUCUUUCGCAAAUGAAAUCUUUUCCUGUUGAGUAUGACAAGAUGAUAAAUAACUUACCUGUUAAACACACGCGCGGGAUUAAUAAAUUAAAUGUCUUCCUAGACACAGAUAAAAUGAUAAGGGUCGGUGGUCGUAUUAGUAAUGCGACUAGUUUUUCAUACGACAAAAAACAUCCGAUUUUGCUUUGUUCGAAACAUCGUUUCACACAGCUUUUGUUUCAGAGUGAACACAUACGAUUACUGCAUGCGCCUCCUAGUCUCCUGCUUGCUACUAUCAAAGACUGCUGGUGGCCUCUCGGAGGCACUAAUUUAGCCAAGCGAGUGGUACGCACCUGUGUAACCUGCAUCCGCAUGAAGGCGAAAACCUUUGCACCUAUUAUGGACCCAAACGACCUUUCCGCAUUAACUCCAGCUCAUUUCCUUAUUGGCCGACCGCUGACAGCGCCGCCCUGCAAGGACUUGACGGCAGAGACGGGCCGGCUCCCACGCUACGAGAUGCUGGAGAAAAUGCGACAACACUUUUGGCAGCGGUGGUCGAAACAAUAUAUUUCUGAGCUGCAGACCAGAACGAAGUGGCAGACGCACGGCCAGGAUAUCGUUCACAACUCCUUAGUUCUGGUCAAAGAAGAUAAUCUACCACCCCUCAAAUGGCGUUUGGGACGGGUGGUAACUCUGUUCACAGGCCACGACGGAGUUUCCCGCGUCGCUGACGUAAAAACAGCGAGCGGGGUCAUACGCAGGGCUUUCACCAAGCUUUGCCCUCUCUUGAUGCCGGCAGAGAGUGAAGCUGCGCCAGCCCCAUCCACAUCACCACAACCACAUUGAAAGCGGGUGCUUUCAAGGCCGGGGGCAUGUUCGCGAGCAUGACGCCAUCUAGCGGGCAUCCCAAGAAGAGGCGGAGUUCCAAGCACGGCCGCGCGGGGGCGCGGCGACAGCCUCUAACACUUUACCAUCUUACACGGCAAGGCACACAAGCCGCU